AUGGCCCUCCGCUCGUUUAGAGCUGAAUUGUGGGCCAAAAACUGUCCCCAAUUAACAUCGCUGUCACUCGAGCUCAUGAAUCACAUCCAAAUGGCAUCACAACCAGUAUUGUUAAACAUUGAAUCGCUAAUCUCAGAAUGUUUUAGGUUUUUGCCCAAAUGUGUAAUUUGUGAAAACGAUGAGUUGGCAACACUUCCCGAACCCAUAGACUUGGGAUCAUUAGAGUCACUGAAGGCAAUGAAACAAUUGACUUCAAUGAAGAUUGUAUACAAAAAUUUGAAUAAUAAUUGCCUACAAGACAUUCACGAAUAUUGUCCACAACUCAAUCGUUUAGUAUUGAAAACACAACAAAAGUUAUCAAACAAAGCGUUGAAUUCCUUAUCCAAACUAAAAGUCAUAAAAGUGGUAGAAAUAUAUUCAACGCCUUAUGAUAUGACAGACAUAUCGGACACCGGGAUCUGUGAUCUCAUAGACAACUGUCCAGAUCUACGGGUAUUAACACUGAAAUGCGGGACAACUGUUACCGACACCACAUUUGAUGCCCUUAAGAGUCGGGUCAACCGAUGGCCGCACAGACUGUUUGUAUUUGGUUACUGUUGGCAACGGACUGAAGGGCAAAGUUCCCAAUUGGGUCAAGAGUCAGACCAUUUGUCGAAAGCUGAAAUAAUUUGGCCACAAUUGCAAUCACUGCCCAAUAAUUUAAUAAUUUAUAACCGCGAAUACUUUACCGGUCGGUGUGGCACUAUGAGCCAGUUUGAACAAAAUCGUUAUUAUGAUCAGUUUACUACCAAUAAAUGGCGGGAUGAAAAUGAUCAAGGAGAAUUAAAAAUGUAA